GAAGGUAUGUUACUGGAAUUGUGAGUCGCCAAUGGAAGAAGCUCACGGUAACCAUGCAAGCAGCUCGAGGAACCAAACCUGGGACUGGUCUUCAGAGUCGGACGCAUACACUUCUGAUUUGGACAGCACGGAGGAGGAGCUAACUGAAGAGCAUGACUAUCUCAGGUCUCUACUGCAGAUCAUUGGGAAACCUCCCCCAUCUCAGUAUUACACCGAGUUUGAGAAUGCUAUGAACGAUCCAAGAACAGAGAGUUCUUUCUCUUUUCUGCCUGCCGGAGGCUGUUCCAGUAACGAACUCGAAAGAGGAAGAGAGUCUCCCUACUGCCUGGAUGUGGGAUUGUCGUUGAACAAUGCUGAGGAGGCAAAGUAUUCGGGUAUCGUUGCCCCGUUCUCCACGAGAUUGCUGUCGCAUCCGUCCUUCCAAUCCUUCUACACUGCUGUUGCGAAUCAGCGGAGACACAGCCGACCCGCGGAAAACAACGGCUCCACAUUCGACAAGCAAGACUCCGUCAAUUCCUGCUCACCAUUUCACUUCACGGCAAAAUCUGAAGCCUCUGCCCUGCCCUCCCAGGAAAUUAACAUGCCAAUUCUUCAGCCGUGUGAGUUUUUCUACACCGACCCAAUGCUGCCCUCCGGUUAUCGAGUUUACAACCAUCUCUCGCAUCCGACACGCCAGAUGAUGCAGGGUUUACAACUUAACACUCCACCUCCAAUCAUGUCUGCAUGCGUGGCUCCAACGAACGUCCAGCCAACUGCGCCGUGCCCUAUCCCUCCCUCCUUAAACGGGUGUCAGGAGCAGAGCAGGCCCGUCUCUAAAGCGGAGCACGACGCCAUCAGCACCUUGCUUGAACUCAAACAGUGCACUCAGUUAGACUGCGCAGUGGCAGAUUCACCAAAAUGCCCAGCCAAGAGCAAGGGCAUCCACCAAGCAGAGGCUGAAAUUAACACUGUGUGUUUAUCGGACGAUUCAGGAGCCCCAGGAAUCCAGGGCGGCAAUGGAACUGAGCAAAAGCACCUUUCGCUUCUGAAUGACAGUAGCAGCCCUUCAUUAAAGUCUCACCAUGACACAGAGCUUUAUGCAAUUUAUCCAGAAACCCUGCCUGAAUGUGAAUACUCCAUCCCGCCACAGAGUUCCUCUGAUUGUAAUGGGGCGUCAAGAUUAAACAGCACAUCCUCGGGGUCUGAGUUUAAAGUAUUUGACCCAGUGAGGUUAACAGACAUUUUGCCAACGGUUACUCAGGAGAUAGAAGUUGGCAGCUGUGAUUUCCUUAUUUAACCUGGGGGUGGGAGGGGGAGACGUACAGCAGGCCAUGAAUGAAGAAAUGUGCUCUAAGUCACUGUUUAUCUGGCACCAAAUCUGUUUUGUUUUAUUUCUGCUCUGGAGACUUGUGGCAAAAUGUUCAAAUUAAUUCUGCCCCGUCAAUCAAGUUGUCUCUCCUUGCUGCCACCAUCGGUAAAGGAAUAGUAUGCGGAGGCUAUACCUGUCGACAACUCGCAGUGAUUCUAGUAAUUCAGUAAUUCUACAAAAUGGAUCUGUGAAUAUACAGGGAUAUUUUUGGCAAUAAUUAACAAUGUUAAGAGCUUUGUUUUGAUGUCCUGACUCAAAUUUGGAUUUCAUUUUUUUUGUUCUUUCUUUCAAGUGAUAAAGAGCUGGGUUUUAAUGAAGGAAUUAACUGGGAAAUUGGGAGACCAGGGUGGAUUCUCACAAUGGCUGAAAAGAGUCAGCUGCUUUGGAGAAGGGUGAAAUUGACAUCAAGCCAAGUGGCUAAAGAGUGCAUUCGAACAAAGAGUGACUUUCAGGGAAGUUUUAUUUAUGUCCCCAUGUUAUGGUGUAUAGGUGAAACUAGACUAGGUCUUGUGUUCCAUGCGACUUCACAAAUUGCUUUUUAUUUAUACAAUUUUAUAGAUGGCAAGAUCAUCCCCAAUUACUUUGAAGGUGGGGUAAGUGCUGCCAUUAUAAAUCACUGCAGCCCUGAGAAUGAAUCUUUUCUCCAUUCUUUGUAAGGAAUUAAAGGGUUUGGACGCAGUGAAGAUUAAAGUACUGCAAUAUAUUUUCCUAGUCAGGUGGUCUGAUACUGUAUAUUUGCAAAUGUCCUAAACUUGGGCAAAGAAGUUUUGAGGCAACAUACAUUUAAUUUUAGGUGGCAGUAAAUUACCUGUGGCUCUAGGCUAAGCAUUCCAACAUUAAUGUAAAAUGACUUCUGUUGUUCUGUCUAUUGUCUUAAUACCAGAAAAAGUCAUGGGGAAAUAAAUCUCCUCAAAUGGGUGGUUAAAAUUAAAAACCACAACGUUUUUUUGUUUUUUUAACUAUAUGUUGAUUAUCCAUCAACAUGUUGAAGCUUGCUUGGGCAUAAAAUUAGCUUAUCCCCAAGGCCUUGUAACUUUUUCUGUCUGCCACUUGUUAAAAUAACAACUUGGGACGUAGGUAUUCACUUACAUUGCAUAGCCUGGCAUUAGUAUUUGAUCAAAACAAUCUGAACCUGAACCAAAUAGGCAAGCUCCAAAUAGUAGUACUCUAGUUUGCAUUUGCCAGUGACACUACAGUCUCUGAAGUAAAGAUAGCAGAGGUGAUAUUUUGUGUAACUUUUGAGUAGACACGGAUGUUUACUUGUGUCAGAAUGUUUUUUUUGUUUUGCGCUGUUCACUUUAUUUGCAAGGGAAUUGCAAACCCUCUUUUGUUCAAAAAUGUUUGUGUUAAAAUAUAGUUAAAUGCAGAGGAUGCACAAUAAAUCUACUCUUUGUAUAGUGUUCACGUUUAGUGGUUUGCAAAAUAAUGUGACCCACUACUGAUAAGUGUUAUUGAUACUGUAAUUUUUAGUCACUUGAAUGUAGUUCGUUCUUUGAUUUGGUCCAAUAAAGGGUAGAGAAAUCUUGCCUAUCGUUCA